AUGGAUCCGCUUACUUCCCUCCGGCAGCUGGUCCAAACCCAUCCUCUCAUCGAUAACCACGCCCAUAAUCUCCUCAACAAGUCUAAUGCGAGCAACUAUGCAAAGUACGCUUUCGAGCAGAUCACCUCAGAAGCACAAGGCGUUGCUUUAGACAAUGCGCCUUUUACGUUGCCGCUCCAACGGGCUGCUCAUCAACUUGCAAGCCUGUAUGACUGUCCCUCUAAUGAUUGGGACAGCGUCAAGGCGGCUCGAGACAAAUGGGUAGAGCGCGAUUAUGAUGACCUGAUCCGUCGCUGCCUCGAAGGAACGCAUAGCCUUCUCCUGGAUGAUCUUCUGACUGACGAGGAUAUUGAGCCGUUUGACUGGCAUGAUCGCUUCACUGCAGCUCCGACUAGGCGAAUUGUACGGAUUGAGGUGGUGGCCGCCCAGGUCCUCGCCUCCAUUCUACCAGAAGGAUACUCGGAGUCCUUGGAUGACGUGACCACUUUGAGAGAGACCUUUGAUCAAUUCCGUGGAAGCUUUCAUCAAAAUAUCGAGAAGGCUAUUGCAGACCCCGUCGUAGUGGGGUUCAAAUCUGUCGUUUGCUAUCGAACUGGCUUGAACGUUCAAUCCGCUGACGACGAGGGUGAUGACAGUCGUUUACUGCAGUCCUUGGCUCGAACAAUCCAGCAAGGGAGUGGUUCCUCAUACCGUAUCGAAGACAAGCCCUUGAACGACUGGGUGGUUCGGCAGACUCUGGACUUGGUCCAAGCCGCCUGUACCAGAACCCCUUCAGGCCCUAGUAAACCACUGCAGCUUCACACUGGACUGGGUGAUAACGAUAUCAACUUGAUCCUCUCAAACCCCGCCUACUUACAAGAUUUAAUUGCUCGAUAUCCCAAGGUGGACUUUGUUUUGUUACACUCUUCUUACCCCUACACUCGCGAGGCAGGUUACCUUGCAUGCGUGUUCCCUAAUGUCUAUCUGGAUCUAGGAGAAGUGUUUCCGAUGGUGAGUCGGGAUGCUCAGGAGUCUAUAAUCAGAGAGAGCUUGGAAAUAGUGCCGACCAACCGGCUCCUGUGGAGCACUGACGGCCACUUUUAUCCGGAGACGUACUGGCUUGCUAACAAGCAAUUCCGCGAUGCACUGGAGAAGGUUCUUGUGGACUAUGUCCGUCAAGGUGAUUUCGCCAUUGACCAGGCUAAAGCAGCAGCCGCAGAUAUCCUUUUCCAAAAUUCGAAUCGCCUGUACAGUUUGAACGAGACUGCGGCUUACGACGAGAUGCAUAAGCCUUUGUCUCGGCCCUUACAGGGAUCAUCAAGUGAUGAAUGGGAAUGUUUUGUACGAAACAAUCCGGGUGUUAAGUACAUAUGGCUGCAGUUCUUCGAUUACACCGCGACGUUACGCCUACGCAUUUUUCCGGUGCAAGAAUUUACCAAGAUUGUACGCAAGCAACGUCGCAUUGGAGUCUGUCUAGCCACUCAGCAGAUGCUUCAAAACGACUCAGUAUGCCCCGAAGGCUCUACAACCGGCCAGUUCUACAUGCAACCAGACUUAUCUACUCUUUCCCACAAUGUAGGGCUGGACUCCAAAAGUGCAACCGUUAUGAGCUGGUGGUUUACAGAGGAAGGCACACCCCUUCUGGGAUGCCCUCGAAGCCUUCUACGAAAUUUGACUGCCCAGCUGCAGACUGAACACGAGAUUCAAGUCCUUUGCGGCUUUGAGAUCGAAGUUGUGUUUAUGAAAUGCAUUACAAACCCCGAUACCAACGAGGAAGAAUUCGUUCCGUGCGUCAAAAAUCACUCUUGGUCCCAAAUGACCAGGGAGACCAGGCGUAUGGUACCUUUACUCGAAGAGAUUGCCGAGACUCUGGCGUCUAUCGGCAUCGACCUCCAACAAUUCCACGCCGAAUCCGCUCCUGGUCAAUUUGAAUUUGUCCUUCCGCCUGGGUCACCUGUGGCGGCGGUUGAUACCCUCCUCAAAGCACGACAGGUAGUAACCCAGGUCGCUGAACAACAUGGCCUGCGCGCGACGUUGCAUCCCCGUCCUUAUCCUCAUGCUGCUGGCACAGCUUCUCACGCGCACCUUUCUAUCACCCCAUCUACGAAGGAGGAUAGCUUUCUUGCCGGUAUUCUCCAGCACUACCCAGCCUUGAUGGCCGUUGCUCUUGCUGGAGAGGUUAGUUAUGAUCGGGUCUGCUCUGGACUAUGGGCUGGAAGCGAGUGGGUUACCUGGGGUACCCAGAACCGCGAAUCGCCGAUCCGAAAAAUCUCCGCGGGGCACUGGGAGAUUAAGACCUUGGACGGACUCGCAAAUAUGUAUAUAGCCAUGUCGGCAUUUUUGGCAGCGGGUUACCUUGGCGUGAAGAACAAUGAACCAUUGACGGCUUCUGAUUGUCCAUACGACGCUGCAACCUUGGAUGAAGCGGGCCGUCAAUCUUAUGGUAUCACUACCCAACUGCCAAAGUCGCUUUCUCAAAGUCUUGAUCAUCUAGAAGCGGACACUGCUCUGCAGGACAUACUUGGAGCAACCCUCGUUGAGAACUACCUUCUCGUCAAACGCGCAGAGAAAAAGAAGUUGGAUUCGAUGGACGAAGAUACACGGAGACAGUGGCUGUUGGAGCGAUAUUGA